CUAUGUGUGGCUUUUCUUCUUCCUCAUACAGCGGUUGUCUGUAGGUGUGAAAGUCAAACAGGAAAGCACUAAAAGGGGAGCAGUCUCUCAUCUGCGGACCUGCAAAUGCUGCAGGUAUUUUAUCUUCUCUAAUAUGAACUUUAACUGUUUUGAUGCUAAAAUUGCUUAAAAAAUAUAGUACAUAAACUACAGUUGUAUUCAUAAUUAAAGUCAGCUGUACAUGCUGUCCUGUAGUUUGGUUUCAUCUUUGUCAAGUCAUCCAGGAAAAUGAGCAGCAGAGUAGGAAUUGAAGACGCCGCAUCCUUCAAUCAGUCUUCAGGUUCAAACCAGACAGAAGCUGACAGUUGGGCUCCAUGUCGAGACUACUCCAUCUACCCCUUCUUAAUGGUGGUCUACGGUCUGGUGUUCCUGAUUGGUUCUAUCCUCAAUGGCUUCAUUCUGAAGUUUUACUUCUGCCAAGCUCAGCAGCAGGCGUCCAGCACCAUUAUGGUCUACCUGAAGAACCUGGCAGCCGCUGACUUCCUGCUCUGCCUCUCUAUCCCUCUGCGUAUCACCAACUAUGUCAGCAGAUCUGCCACUGUCCACCUGGUCCACUGCAACUUUGGCGCUACAGCCUUUUACACGAACAUGUAUGCUAGCAUCCUUUUCAUGGGCUUCAUCGCUGCUAACAGGUAUCUGAAGAUUGUUCGUCCUCGGCAAACUCGCGUCCGGCAGAGAGUGUGGGCUGCUCAUAUCGUCUGCACUGUAACCUGGGUUUUCCUCCUGACUCUCAUGAGCGCCUACAUCAUCCUGUCAGUCCACACCCAGAAACCUUUGACCUCUAUCCCCAACACAUUGAUCUGUGAACUCCUGCACAAUGACCAACACGGCUUGGUCUUGAAAUUCACACACAGCUGUUCCGCAGUCAUCUUCCUGGUUGUCCUCAUCUCCCUGCUCUUCUUCUACUACAGCACGUCUCGCAGGGUGUUGCUGGCACAGAAGAAGCAGCCAUUGUCCUCCAGUUCCACAAUGCUGAAAAAGUCACAUAGGAACAUGUUGGUGCUUGUCAGUGUCUUCUGCUUUUGCUUUGUCCCGUACCACCUGGUUCGCCUUCUCCACGUAUUCCUGAGCAAGAAUUGUACAUGGAGCAAAGUUUUGCACAACCUGACAGAGUUGACCGUUGCAGUGUCAGUUCUUAAUGUCUGCCUGGACCCACUCAUCUACUUCAUCUUCUGCAAGGCAUUUAGGACUCAGCUUACCAAGAGAGCAGUUUGUACAAACCCAUAAUAACCACACAUGAAAACUUCCAAUGACUAAAUAAAAAAUGAAUUAUAACUCAUCAUGUAAUACUUGCAUAUAAUGUGAAAACUACAAAUAAACUAAUAAGAUUAUAAUGUAAUAACAUCCAAACUUCAGAAUACUGUAGAAAAACAUAAUGUGAAACAUAACUGUCUUGAUAAAAACUUUAACAUGGAAAAAUGUUAAUUCAGCAAUGUAAAAAUGUAACUAAUUUUUUUAAUGAUUGCAAUCGCGGUUUCAUUGUAACUGCAUAUAAUGUUACUAAAAACUAAUAAAUGGACUUAAUUGGGAAGCAAAUGUAAUCAACGACUAAUAAUGUAAAAACUGCCCAUUAUCUUGUGGACACAUUUACCAAGACAAUGUAAUACGUAUAUAUGGCAUAACUGUAGAAGAUUUAAUGGUUAAAAAAAAUGCAAAAAACAUACGGACACUCUAUGUAAUAAAGAAAUAAAAGCUAGCAAUGUCAUAAUUUCACAUAAUGCAACAACUGCAAACUAUGUGAUAAAAUGUUGUGUAAAAUGUGGUUACCUGUAUCUUAAUAACUGAAGUGUUUUGAAAAAUUGAAGAAAAAAAAACUGACAUUGUAGUUAUACUAUAAUAAAAAUGUUUUGCAUAUAAUGUAAUGACAUUUUAUG